AUUGUUAGCAUGUCUAUUUCAACCAACUACGUUGAAUUAAUUAAAUUGUUGCAUGAGAAAAUGGGGACUGAUGGAGAAAAUAUUCAAUUGGAUAUUUCUGGAAAAUAUCCAUGCUCAUUUCAAGUCAGCCUCAUUUUACAUACACUGCAACACAUGGUAUUCAUCAAUCAUUUGAUGAAGGCUCGGGUAGUCAAAGACAUAUUGAGAGUAGACACAAUCAAUAUGAAAUCAGAGAAGAUGAAGCUACCUUUGAUUUGUGUAAUGAUGCACAUGCUCAAAGAAGUGAUGAAAAUUCGGAGGAGGAUGAACCUUCAGAAGAUGAUGGAGAGAGUAAAGUCAUUGAAAGUGAAUCCGAUGAAGAUAUUGGAGAUUUACCUCAAAAUGAAAGUGCGGUGAAUUUUCAAAAUCAAUUUGAUGAAAUGCAAAAUAAUGAUAUACCUUACUUUACAACAUUGGAGACUGAGGAAGAUAUUUUUAUCUCUACUCGUGAAUCCGAAAUGAAAUGUUGUUCUGUUUGGGUCGAGGAUGCAAAAAAAGAUUUAGAAAAAAAUAUGUAUUUUAGUAGUAAAACUAAGUUAAAACGGGCUGUGACAAUUUGGAGUUUGCGCAAAAAUAAAGAAUUUAAGAUUGUAAUAUCAACUAAGAGCGUAUGGACUGUGAGAUGCAGAUUUUAUGAUUCUUUGGGUUGUCCAUGGUUUCUUCGAGGUCGUAAGGUUGGAGGUAGCCUUUGGAAGAUAGGAAAGUAUUUUAAUAAUCAUAGAUGUGAGACUGAAGGGCUUACAACAGGUCACACUAACUUAGAUACCAAUUUAAUUGCAUCUCUAUUUUUAAAUCAAAUAAGUAAAAAUCCAAAAUUGUUGGUAGUGGAUGUCAUGUCUAAGGUUCAUGAAAAAUUUGGUCAUCAAGUAACAUAUAGAAAAGCGUGGCUUGGGCGUCAACGCGCAUUUACAUUGGUAUAUGGUGAUUUUCAGAAAUCAUUUAGUGAGCUUCCUAAGUUUUUUGCAGCUUUUCAAUACUUUAAUCCUGGAACAGUUGUGGAAUGGAAACACGAAGAGUCAAUGAGUUCACCAGAGGUAAAAACUUUUAAGUUUGUAUUUUGGGCUUUCAAGCCAUGCAUUGAUGGGUUCCAAACUUGUCGUCCUGUUAUUUCAGUAGAUGGAACUCAUAUGUAUGGUAAAUAUGAGAUAAAAUUGUUAAUUGCUGUUGGAGUUGACGGAAAUGAUAACAUUCUUCCUCUUGCGUUUGGUAUUGUUGACAAAGAGUCGAAAGAGGCAUGGAAAUGGUUUUUUAGGAAAUUGAGUGCACAUGUGAUAAAAGAUAGAGAAGAUAUUUGUAUUAUCUCUGAUAGGGCAAAAGGAAUCUUGACUAGUUUAUCGGAGUUGUGGCGAUUGCAGGAACCUCGGGCCUUUCAUCGAUUUUGUCUGAGACAUCUUAAAAGUAAUUUUCAAUCUCAAUUUCCAAAUAGGGACCUCAGUAAUCUUAUGUGGAGGGCUGCUACAACUCAUCAAGUAAGGAAGUUUGAAGCUUUGAUGUGGGAAAUUCAAGAAGAAAAUAGAGAAGCAUAUGAAUACCUCAUGCGAAUUCCAUUGGACAAAUGGACUGUUAGUCAUGAUAAUGGAAAAAGAUGGGGAGUACUGACAACAAAUCUUUCAGAGUCUUUCAACGGACUUCUAAAGAAAGCUCGAGGCUUGCCCGUCACUGCUAUGGUUAGACUUUCAUUGGAGCAAACCGUUGAACGAUAUACUCGUAGAUGUCAAAAAACUCACUAA